AUGGCCGAACCGACAGCAUUUUCGACUGACACCUUCCCUUUGAGGUCCCUUCUAGACGACAAUCGGAGGACAACCAGAACCAUCUACUCCGAGUCUCCAGGGGUUCCCGCCAGGAAGCGACAAAGGACUGGGCUCAGUGACUCAGUGGCCGAGAAACCCAGGGACGAGACGAGUGCCGACCGCCGCUUCAGACUGGAAUACGCCAGUGUUCAGCAGCUUCCACCAGCUCUUGCUGCCAAACAGCCCGCUCCCACCAAGGCACGGAGGAUCAAGGUACACUCGAAACCAGGCCAGGCUUCUUCCGGUCAGAAAUCUGUGCCAAAGCUUCUCGAGGGCCCCAAUGGACCCAGCCCUGGCGCUCCCAUCAACGACGGAAGGCCUGGUGCGAUAGAGCACGAUUCCCAGCUUUCUCAAUCAACGAGUCUGACCCGGACCGGCACGUCAGCUUCUCACGGCGCUGGACCCGAAUGGCAUCCACCAUGGAAGCUAAUGAGAGUCAUCUCGGGUCACUUGGGAUGGGUACGGAGCUUGGCGGUCGAGCCAGGAAACAAGUGGUUUGCUAGUGGUGCUGGCGAUAGGACUAUAAAGAUCUGGGAUCUAGCCACUGGCUCAUUACGUCUAACUUUGACUGGACACAUAUCGACCGUACGUGGCCUUGCUGUAAGCCCACGCCACCCCUAUCUGUUCUCUUGUGGCGAAGACAAGAUGGUCAAAUGUUGGGAUCUCGAGACAAACAAGGUCAUACGCCACUACCACGGACAUCUGAGUGGCGUCUACACACUCGCCCUCCAUCCUACCCUAGAUGUACUGGUCACUGGCGGUCGAGACGGUGUCGCAAGAGUCUGGGACAUGCGAACCCGAAGCAACAUUCACGUCCUGUCCGGUCACACUGGGACUGUGUCGGAUGUCAAGUGUCAGGAGGUCGAUCCUCAGGUCAUGACUGGCUCGUUGGAUGCAACUGUAAGACUGUGGGAUUUGGCUGCCGGAAAGACAAUGGGCGUCCUGACGCAUCACAAAAAGGGCGUCAGGGCCUUGGCCACGCAUCCCCAAGAAUUCACGUUUGCGAGUGGUAGCACGGGAAGCAUCAAGCAGUGGAAAUGUCCCGAGGGUGCCUUCAUGCAGAACUUUGACGGUCAUAACGCCAUCAUCAACACACUCAGUGUCAACCAAGAAAACGUUCUAUUUUCAGGCGGCGAUAACGGCUCCAUGAGCUUCUGGGACUGGAAGACAGGCCAUCGCUUUCAAGCUCUAGACACUACGGCACAGCCAGGAUCCUUGGACGCCGAGGCGGGGAUUAUGAGCUCUACGUUCGAUCGCUCCGGGCUGCGUUUAAUUUGUGGGGAGGCCGACAAGACGAUCAAGAUAUGGAAGCAGGAUGAGAAGGCGACACCCGAGUCGCACCCCAUUGUCUGGCAGCCAGCACUAGCCCGACGCAAAUAUUAG